AUGGCGAGCUUUCCUCGGGCAGGACUACGAGACGCUGUCUUUCACCUGGAGAGGAAGGGUGUUUCAGAACGUCCUGGAGGUCGGAACGCCGUGUGGCCAUCGGCUCAACCGGGGCUCACCGGGAAGGCGGUGAACCUUUCCGCUAAGCUAAAGGCCUGGGCGGACAAUGCGGAUCUUAGGUUUGAGGCGGCCUUUUGGCUGGCCAGCCGAGGCUCCUAUGGUCACGGCACAGGCACCGCAGAACUGUCAACGGAGGUUCAUAAACCCUGGAGCUCGUUGCCAGUGACGCUGAGACUUUGGUUCGGAGACCUGGGAGAGACCUGGGAGGGAUCUGUGAAGGGUCAGCAGCUCGCUGCUGAUGAACUGGGGGACGAGGAACUCUCCGGAGAUGAGGACACGGAUGCAGAUGCCUCCAGCUUCAACUUGGCCGAGUUGGGCAACAUGGAGGUCCGGAGAGGUGCUGGGGAACUUUCCGCUGACCGUGACACCAGGAUUGGAUCCGAGAUGGAGGAUAUGGUGGGCGCCACCACUUGGUCCUUUGUGAAUUUGGGCGCUGAGAAAAGUCUGGAGAUCAUGCGCCAAGGCUCCGAACUCAGCACGCUGAGUGCGGGCACCGCCGGUCCUGGUGCUCGGAGGUCGUACCGAACGGCCACGGCGGUGGUUGGUUCGCAACACGGAAAGGUGACGGAGUGGAGUAGUUUAGCCUUGGCCGGAAGAAGUUUCAUGGGUUUCUUUCGCAAUGCCAGCAGCGAAUCUCCUGGACGUCUGAAGAUCUUCGCGCUGGAACCGGCCCAGGUGACCAUAAGCACCAUGAAAACUUCCGAGGAGAAGGGUGAAGUCUUAGGACGCGAAGAAAUCCAGACCUUUAGCUCCGAAGAGAAUGAUGUGCUGCAACUGACCUCCACAGGGGAUGUGGUGGUGCAGUCCAUGGAGGAAUCCUGGGACUUCCUGCAACUUGCACCGGUGGAUGAGGGUAGGGUUCUGUCUGGCAUUGGUUUGGAGGUGACAUCACUAUCCCCCACCACCUUGAGCAUGGGUGAAAAGGCCUGGGUUCACGCACUGCCUGACUGCGAUUUCCACUCGUCCUCCAGUGUGAUUGAAGUCUGUUCAGGUUUGGGUGGAUUUUCCAAGGAAGCUGCAAGGUUAGGGUUGAAAGUCCUGUGUGGGGUUGAUUGGAACAAAGCUUGGUCGCCCCUGUUCUCUGCACUGCAUGAUGGAGCGUCCUUGGUGGUUGGGGAUCUGUCUGACUUGCAUGUUGCGUCUAGCCUUGCAGCCAAAGGGGGUUUUUAUGCAACUUUGCUUUCAGGGAUAGCAUGUCAGCCACACUCCAAGCUUGGAGACAAAGGCGGGAUGUCAGACUGCCGUGCAGAGUCAUUGCCCAAGACUUUGAACUUGGCCUGGAAUUUGCAGUGUCCAAUUGUGGUGUUGGAAUGUGUCCCAGAGAUUCAAGGUGACUCCGAGGUUCAGCAGUUGCUUAGACAAUUUGCCCUUGCCACUGGAUACCGGAUAUCCCAACAAGUUCUCAGCCUUCAGAAUGGGUGGUGCAACCGUAGGUCACGUUGGUUUUGUGUGCUCACUGCACCCCUGCUUGGUCUUUGCGAGUUGAAGGACUUCCCAGUGUUUGAUCAGUUUCGUCGAGUGCAAGAUGUCAUGCCAGGUAUCCGUCAUUGGCCUGAAGUAGAUCAUGCUCAAAUUGACCUCAACUUGUAUGAGCUUUCCAAGUUUUAUGCAUAUGCUUCUGGGGGGAUUGAAAACUUGUUUUUGCGCCUUGGAGAAGCAUGUCCGACUUUGCUUCACUCAGCAGGAAACCAGCUCUAUGCCUGUGCUUGCGGUUGUAGGGGAGCCUUGUCUGAACAGCGCAUCAGCUCACGUGGUCUCUUUGGAGUGCUUGUCCCACUUGCAACUUCGCAGGUACACAUGCAAAGGGUCAUGCAGCAUUGUCGCUACCUGCACCCGCAGGAGAUGUGGGCAUUGCUUGGGGGAAUCCCAGGCAUUGAUGUUGGUCUCAACCUCCGAUUGGCCAUGGCAGGCAUAGGACAGGCAGUGUCGCCUAUGAUUGGUCUAUGGGUCUUGUCUCAGGUCAAACGACAUGUGGAUGUUUUCUAUGGUCUUGCACAACCCUGUCAGCCAGAUCAAGUCCUUGACGCAUACAUGAAGGAGCUGAUUGUCACAUGCCGGAAUUGGUGGCCAGAACCGAUUCCUCCCACUGUCCCAGCCACAGCCGAGCCAGAAGAUCCCAUUGAAGACAUUCGUCCGUCAAUCCGAGUCCAAGUCCGUUGGUUGUCCGACAUGUCUGUCCCUGUGUCCGUUGCCUGCCCAGAAGGAACCACAGGUCAUGAACUUUUGGAAGCUGAACAGAUCCUCACAGGUACAGCAGCUGAGUUGAUGCUGUGGCAAAAUGCAAAGGCAUUGGACUUAAGCCAGCCUCUGUCAGAUGGUGUUGAGAUUGGAGUCGCUCCACUUGGGUUUGAAGCGCCGUGCAGUUCCAGUCUUGCUGUGCCAUGUUGUCUGUCCCCUAGUGAUGUUUUGGCCGAGUGUCAUGAGCAGCCAGGACCAGUUUGGGGAGAUGAUGAGCUUUUGGUAGGCCUCCAGGGUAUCGCACAACAUACAGAUCAGGUGUUUGAAACCUUGGCUACCAAGGUUGAGUUGGAAUGCAUUGCCAAGCAGCUGCGGCAGGAUUUUGCGUCUGGUCUGUCUGAAAUGUGUUUCCGUCCUCAGUUGGCAGCCCUUGGACUUUCCGUGGUUGACCAACUUGCUGCGUUGCUCAGUGAACAUGGGGUUGAGGCAGGGGAGUCAAUUGCACGUGCAAAAGAUGUGAUUCAACACUUGGGGGAUUCGCAUGUCAGCAAGGCCUUGCAGGCAAACAAUGCAUGGAGGGAACUCAAAUGGCUGGCCAAUCAGAUGAGACCACCGCUGGUGUUGAUCAAGCCAUCCGAACUCCAGCGGGCUAUUGAAAAACGAGGCGGGACCUACCAAGUAGGCAAUAAGCGCCACAAAAGAGCCAAGGGACAGGGGAAGGGGAAGCAUUUGCCCAGCCUAGAUGCUACCAUGUUGCGCUUAGAGCCUGGCCUUUUCCAGGAUCAGCAAGAUCAAGACUUGAGCCAAGUCGCAGUCGCCAGCAUUGGUCCACAGGUUUCAGGUGUAGUGGUGCUCAACCAAGUCAUGGCGGAGCCCUACUUGAAAGCCAACAGAUGUAUGUCUGCAGGUGCCUUGGGUCUUUUUGUUGUCGAUGCCACCGUCCCAUCCGCCACCACGUUGCCUGUGUCACCAGCCCGUGUCCCUUUGAUGUGCACAGCCAAUUCCGAGCCGUUGCUAGUUGAUGGACUUCUGUAUCAGUUGGGUGCACAACAUGUGAAGCGCUCUAUGCCAAGGGCAGGAUGUACAGUGCAAGCAGUAGCAACAUGUGUCGUAAAAGCAUUGGUUUUUCGUGACAUGACUGAUGAGAGUUGGCAGCAGGUCUGUGCACACCCUUUGAGGCAUAUCUUCAGCAAGGUCAGCCCUUUGCUACCAUGUGAAGAUGAUGAGUGCCCGGGUUGCGAAGCAUGGCACCAAACUAUGCAGUAUCCAGUUGUCUCGCCUGUCUUGGAAGCAUGGGGAAAACAAUGGAUGAAGCUCAAUUACCAGUAUUGCCCUUCUGACCAGGCCGAUGUUUUUGGGGUUCAUCUGCGAUUGCCUGAGGUGCUGCAAUGUCAGGUCCAAGCCUUCAGUGGUUUUCAGGGUGUCUUUCUGGAGCCUCGGUCAUUGGACGGCAAGAAGCCUUCCGAUCAGUUUCAGGUGAUUUGGAUGGCUAAGACCGACAUCUCUCAGCUCAUGAUGCAGCGCCAGUCCAUUCCAGCAAUUUGCGGACUUGCCAGGAUGGGUUCGAAAUUGGGAUUGCGUUGUCAGAUUUCUAAUGCAGCCGAAGUGUAUGCCAAGGUCAAGCCAGGCCAGACCUACCUGCCUUCUGGUGACAAGCAUUCGUACCUAGUGGGGCCUUUCCCUUUUGGAACUUUGAAGUCAUCAGUCGCCCAUGCUUUCGCACAGAGCGGAUGGGUGGCCAGGCCUGUCCAGCCAGUUGGAACACAUGAUCACUUGCAAGGGUUGAUGUACAGGGUUCACGCAGUGUCAGCACCUCCUUCGAAAGUGCUGCACAUGACACAUGGUGAUGUUGUGGUGACACAAGAGGGGCUUCCUCCCAACAAUGCGCCACUGGUUCCUAAAGUGCUUGCAUCACCGGCCACUGUAGCUAUGGUCACCAAGGACCAAGAGGUUGAUCAUUUGCAGCUUCAUGACCCAUGGGCACCAGCAAUCAAAGGACACAAAGCAGGUCCAGUGCCAAUUCAGAUAGGCAACCCUAUCGAAGAUAUGGAGCAGCGGGUGGUAGCAGCAGUGUUGGCUAAGAUGCCUGUCAAGGGUAUGGAGGUGGAUCAGGAUGACAGCCAGCCCGACCGGGUUAGCAAGUUGGAACAGCAAAUGCAGGAAGUUCAGACACAGCUUCAGCAGCAGCAUUCGCAGUUUGAUGCCGCCAUCCAAGCACAGGUAGCAACACAGAUGUGCAGGGACACGCUGCUCUCUCAGCCAAAUGAGGACGUCCCGCGGAUGGCAUCUUGGGUUUCACAUCUUUUUGGCCAUUUUGGCGUUUUUGCAAUUUUGGAGCUUCUCUGUCUUUGCGAUGCAGUGCCGAAUGCUGGGGGUUGCCCAGAGGGUGAUGCUGGUAGGGAUGGUAGAGCUUGGACUUUGCGCAUGGAGCAUGACAAGAAUGGGCUCAGCUACAAGGCUUGGUUCUACAGUGAGAGCGCCACACAGGGCCUAGGAAGUUUGAUGGGAGCUGGUUUGGAUUGCAUAGCAGGGGCAGUUCAGCAAGUCUCUAACAUCAAGUGUGCCUUGCGUAGUGGACUUACUCACAAUGUAGGAGCACAGACACAGUCGGAAUUGCCUCAACAUGUUCACCAGGUUGGAUGUGGUUUGGUAUCACAGGGUGCACUGUGUCUUUGGGUCGGGUAUCUGGUUUGUCCCUUGUCGCAAGUGUUGGUGAGCCACGUUGGACUUCCCUUUUGGCUCUUGGCCUUCUGGAUUGCCGGCCACGCAUUGCAGAUGUUAGGUUUGGUAAUCACCCUGGGGACACUUCAGAGACCGUUCCGGGGUCAGCUUCUCAGUGGCUUAGCAGAAUGGGAAGGAGCACCAGUGCACAAGUGCCAUGCGGAUGCCCAUACAAAGGGCUUUUCAUUUUUUGGCCAUUUUGGCCACCUUUCAGUUUUGGACUCCAAUUGCUUGCACCUUGGUCAGCAGCGACCUAGCCAUGAGAAGGGGAAUGCUAAGUUGGAUGCUAGGCGGUUGCAAGCGCUCACACAGCUUUUGAAGAAAGGCCUUGCUUCGGAUAAUGCCAUCACCAAUGCCCAGGAGACAUGGCGGGCAAUCAGGGGUGCAGCGGGCUUUCCGGGGGGGUUUGUACACUGGUGGGCUCAGCAUGGACUUGGAUUUACGCUGGCCUCACCGUUGCAGUUGCCCUAUUUUUUGCCGGCGCUGGAGGUGGUUGAGUCUCUGUUUGAGGGUUUCCACAGUUUUGUCAAAGCCUAUGAAGGGCGCCUUGCCCAACGAAGGUACCAGUAUGGUACUGAGCGCCGCAGAGAAGAUAUGAAUCUGGUUUUUCAAGACUGCAAAGCAGAGCCACCCCCAGUAGUUGACACACUCCUGGACAGGGUUGAGGUUGCGGUUGAAGAGGUGAGACCAGAGGAUAGCUCGGUAGUUUUGGUGCGCCCAGUUGAGUUGUUGCAUGGACUUCCCGUAGUGAUUCAUGGACAUGCUCAUGAGGUGUUGGUACACGAGCAUGAUCAGGUGUGGCUGUCUUCAGUGGAAGGGCUGGCUCCAGGACAUGUUUUAACUCAGGAAAGGGUUGUCAUGACGGAUGCUGCAGUUUUGGAUCGCUUCCGACAGACCUGGGGACCGGAUGGAGUUUCCCAGCCGGAUUUGGCUGCACUGCCCCCGACAGCUCAACAAGCAAUGGUCAAGCUUUUCAAUGCGGUGGAGCAAGGUAUGCCAUGGCCUGCACAGGUGGCCUCAGGGUUUGUAGCCAGCUUAGCAAAGAAUCCAGGAGCUCAAUCGGUAGAUGAAUAUAGGCCUGUCACAGUCUAUAGUCUCUUGUACAGAGUUUGGUCGUCUGCCAGGGCCAAAGAAGCACUGCGAGUUUUGGCUGAAAUCGUCCCACAGAGCGUCCAGGGUGGCCUCCCAGCAAGGCAAGCUAGGGCAGUUUGGUAUACCACGGCACAAGUUUUGGAAUCAGCCUUGGUAGAUGCGGUUCCUUUGCAUGGCAUCCUGAUGGACAUCAGACGGUGCUUCAAUGCCAUACCUAGGUAUCCACUUUGGUUUGCGUUGCGGGUGCUUGGAUUUCCCACGGGGGUCUUGCGUGCUUGGGUUGCGUUUGUGUCCGGUCAGACCAGAAGAUUCAAGGUGCGUCUCUCUACGGGGGAGCCAGUCUUUUCUGUGUGUGGACUACCAGAGGGUUGUGCGCUGUCUGUUUUUGGAAUGGUCAUCAUCGAUUGGAUUUUGGAUCUUUGGCUGAAUGCAACACAGCCAGGCAUUGGACUUCAUGCAUUCAUCGAUGAUUGGGGGGUUUUGUUCUCAUCACAUGACCAAUUCCAAGCAGUAUGGCAGGCAGUCUUGGAUUUUACUUCUGCCCUUGACCUUGAACUGGACUUUCGUAAAACCAAGGUUUGGAGUACCCAAUCAUUGGCGCGGCACACCUUCCGCCAGAGGAGUCUCCAGGUCACACUCGCAGCUAGGAACUUGGGUGCCCACCAAAACUUUUCCAAGCAUUCCUGGAAUUCCACCCUUCAGGCAAGACUCCGCACUAUGCCAGACAUAUGGACAAGGCUUCGAGCAAGCCUCUCACCAUACAGAACCAAACUGCAAGCAGUCAGAAUGCUCGCUUGGCCCAGAGCAUUGCAUGGAAUCUCCGUGGUUCAUUUGGGUCACUCACACUUCAAGACCCUGAGGGCAGGGGUCAUGAAAGCCCUCAAUGCUAACCGUAAAGGGGCAAACCCGAUGCUCCACAUGGCCAGUAAUUCGCUGGAAACAGACCCUGAAGCCUGGUCUAUUCUUCAGACGUUGCGAGAUGCCCGGGAGCUAGGUGGUUUUGACAAGGUAGAUGCCAUGCUUUCCGUUUUUGCCUCGGCAGACUUGGACUUACCUGCCAAUGGUCCUACAGCCGUCUUGUUAGCCAGGGUGCGUAGACUUGGUUGGGCGGUUGGUACAAAUGGGUUGGUUCAAGAUCGGUAUGGAGUGUUCAGUGUCAUGCAGGUAGGAUGGGAUGAGUUGUAUCAAAGGGUUGCCAUGUCUUGGGGCCAUGUCAUGGGACAGGAAGUUGCACACAGAGCGUCGUUUCAAGGCAUUGAAAUGGCAGACCCUCAGGCAGUCACCAGUGCACUGGCUCACUUUGGCACAGCAGAUCAGGUCUAUCUCAGGUGUCACUUAGAUGGUACGCUCUACACGCAGAAUGGCCGGGCUCAUUUCAUGUCUGAGGAACCGAAACUGAGGUAUGCAGCAUGGGCAGUCACGGUGGCUCAACUUGGCAGUUUGAACAAUCAGGUCGUCCUAGGGGGUCAUGUGCAGGGCCUCAGUCAAACGCCCUUUCGGGCUGAACUUUCGGCAGUGUUGGCGGCGCUCCUUUGGGCUAAAGAACAGGCACAGAAAGUACGCAUUUGGACCGAUUGCUUGGGCGUCCUGCGUGGAGUGAACAAAGUGAAACGAGGUGUUCCAGUGCGUGUGAACCGUGCGCACUCCGAUCUCUGGUUGCGCAUCCAAGGCUUGUUUGAAGAAGGCCACUUGGACAAUGUUCAGAUGAUGAAGGUUGUCUCUCACUGCAGUAUCGACAAGGCUACAUCACCGGUGGAAGAAUGGGCUUAUUGGCAUAAUGAGCUUACAGACCGAGCAGCGGCCAAGAUCAACGACACCAGGGAACCGGUUUUUUGGGAAACGUGGAAGGGCUUGGCUAGCGCUUUGCAGGUGAACAGACAACUGCACAAUGCGAUCCUUAUGGUUCUACUGAAGACGGGUCGGAAGGCUCACAUGGCAGAACAACAAAAGGGCACGAUGCCUGCACCCAAACCUAGGCCACUACCAGUCGGCUUGGCACAGCAACCUGCAGCACCUGUUUUUUGGACGUUUCCUGAGCGAAUGGUUCGUCGUUAUCGACAACACAAUGUUCAGAUGGUUCAUGACUGGUGGAGCCAAGUUGGCAGUAGAUACAUGGAGGGAGAUGCCCCACUGACGAUGGUCAGCGGAGUCCAGCUGUUUUGGGAUUUUUUCCAGGCCACAGCCUACGAAGGACCGUGGGUGCACCAAAAGAAGUGGUAUCACCAGGCACAACAGGUGCCGGAAGCUGAAAGAAUUGCCCUGUGUGAUGCGGCGAUCUUCGAGCAGCUGGGCCGUCAAGCGGCUUGCUCGGCUGACAUCCAGGAGCUGAGAGACCGCGGAGAGGCGGUGUAUGGCUACUGCCACGAAGUCUGCGCGAUUAUGGCCUUCGAUCGUCAGGCUACAGGGCUGGUGGAGGAGUGUGCAGAUGGCAGCACCAAAAGCUACAACCAACAAGACAUGAUGGAAGAGACCUACUGGAGUGUCACCUCGGGCAAGGCCUGCCGUUGGCAUUCCAGCGACGGCUCCUUGAUUGCCGGUACCUCCCGCGGCGACGCCGAGCACCGAGCGUCCAUCUCCUUCCUGCCCGUGGCGUACUUUCAGGACACCACGCCCUUCCCCAUGACCUUGACGUCGGUGAAGAUCAUUGGUUCGCAAAGCACCAGCUGCCAGGUGGAUGGCGGUAAGAGCUUCACGUUGCAGGGCAGUGGAUCAGUCUAUUCUGCGGAGCUCCCUGAAGUGGCAGCCAAAUCGCAUGUGGUCUGCGACCAGGGGGUGAUGGUCUUUGGACUGGAUCCAGGUCUGAAGGACACCGUGCAGCUGGUUACGGCGCCGGCGGGGCGUAAGGCAGCCUACACCAAGUUCGGCAGUGGUGUUUGUGACGGCAACGAGAAGUUCAACAAGUUCACGUUGGAGGCCUACAGCGCGUUGCUGAUGCGUUGCUGUGAUCACAGCCAAAAUCGAAAUUGGGUGAGGUUUCAGAGUUCUUACCAUGGCAUCUUUGUGAAAUAUGAGCAUUGCAUAGCAAUGACACUGUCUCUUGGUACGCCACGGCCCCAUGCUCGGGUGAUCAUCCAUAGAGUGCCCCGUUUGGUUCCCCAAAAGCACCACCACGCCAUGGACGUUGUCGACUUCGGCAGCCCUUUGCUGCUCUGGGAGCCCAGUGCCCCCGACGCAUGCGGUGGCAGCUGGCGCUUCGAAGACGACCGCGAGGGUCGAAGAGUGCUGUCGGUGCGGCCGGCGCCGCAGCGGGAUUUUUGGAGUAAGACUUUCUACCAGCCCUUGCUGGUGAAACAUGAUGGCCAGGUCUUGGUAUGCCCGGUCUCCGCGAGUGAAGCCACCCUUUCAUUGGCCUUCACCUUGACGCCCAAAGCGCAAUUCGAUCAAGCUGGGGCCAUGGUUCUGGUGGACGAGAACACCUGGGUCAAGGCCGGCAUCGAAUACUGCGACGCUGUGCCGCGGCUCUCCUGCGUGGUGACCAACGAGGGCUUCUCGGAUUGGAGCACUCAGUCGUGGAAAGAAUGGGAUGGCAACUGCACCUCUCUUCGUUUGAGGGUUCACAAGGCCGCUGGAGGAGUUUCCGGGAGCCGCCCAGGGCCCUGCGCUGGUGGUCGAGGCGGCUCCUUAUCGUCCUGGAGACCAAGCGGAGUCGGAAGGGGACUUCACCUUCAUUCGCAUUGCGAGCCUUCGCACGGAGAAACCCUGGAAGAUGGGCAUCUUUUGCUUCGCACCCAUGGAACAGCAGGGCUGUGAGGCCACGUUCCACUACCUGAAGCUGGGGCCCAAAGUGGCCUCCAGCCACGAUGCCGAUGCCUCGAAGAUGACCAGCUGAAAGCUACUCCCAGAUGUCAAAAAGCAG